CAGUGGGUUGAGAAAUUUGACGAGCUUUGUGACUACCGUGAUUUGAUGGGUCACUGUCUUGUGCCCCACACGUACUCAGAGAACCUUCCGCUAGCUCGUUGGGUCAAACGACAAAGAUAUCAGUACAAGCUCAUGAAGGAGGGGAAGCCUUCGACAAUGACUGAAGAACGUGUUGUUGCCCUAUCAAACAUUGGGUUUGUCUGGGACUCACAGGGUGCCGCGUGGGGUGAGCGCCUCGGUGAACUAAAAGAUUUUCGCAAAGCUUUCAUGCAUUGCAAUGUCCCAAGUAACUAUAGCGAGAAUCCUCAACUCGCUACAUGGGUCAAAUGCCAACGUAGGCAAUACAAACUGCAUGUGGAGGGGAAGUCUUCCAAUAUGACUUCAGACCGUGUUCGGGAGCUUGAAAGUCUGGGUUUUGAGUGGGAGUUACGAACAUACAAGAAAUCUCGUGUUUGCUAG